CAAUUUGAUAAGUAUGACUUUAACCAAAAUGAAGCAAAUCAUAUUCGAAAUGUUCUAUGAUUUGUUAUCCACAUAGACAAUAAUAAUGAACAUUUAAACAGAUUCAAUUCUACAUGAUACUUUAAAUUGCAAAGAUAAUCGGUUAUCUGUAUAUGUUAUCAGAUUAUUAUCAUUAUGUCGUCUGCCAGAAUGCCCCUUUUGGAGGAUACCGUUGGUUUUGGUGAAGAUGAAGGAGAAUUUGGCGUUAAAAAAGAUUCUUUAACGCAUCCAUAUAUUACCUUAUGCCACAUCGCAUUUAGAGGAGCAGCUGUAGUAGUUUACCUAUUAUGUGAAGCAUUUGGUGCAGGUUUUAUAACAAGUUUUGUCAGUGUAAUUUUAUUGUUAUCUGUUGAUUUUUGGACAGUAAAAAAUAUUACUGGAAGACUUAUGGUAGGUUUACGAUGGUGGAAUUAUGUUGAUGAUGAUGGAAAAUCCCACUGGGUGUUUGAAUCUGGACAGAACAGAGUAAAUGAACGAGAGUCUAGAAUAUUUUGGGUUGCACUAAUUUUAACCCCAUUAUUAUGGUCUUUAUUAUUUAUAGUUGCAAUCUUUGGAUUUGAAUUUAGAUGGUUGUUAUUAGUAACAAUAGCUUUAAUCCUAAGUGGAUCAAAUCUUUAUGGUUAUAUAAGGUGUAAAGUGGGCAGUAAAGAAAGUAUGACAAGUUUGACUUCGGAUUUUCUUCGAAAACAAGUUCUACAAAAUGCAGUAUCUUUAGUUACGCGUCAAACAGCUGCACAACCAGCAACAAAUCAAUCGAACAGACCAACCAAUAUAGUAUAAUAUUAAUUGGUAAUUCCACGUGUGUUGAAAUAAAGUGUAAGAUACAGUGAUUUGAAUGUAAUAUAUUAGAUUUCUAAUUUUGUAGUUAUUUUAUUUUAAUACAUUUUGUAAUACUGUAGUAACAACUGAUUAAUCUGUAUUUAUAAUUUUAUUUUUUUUCCUUUUAUAUAAAUAAAGUUUUCAAAUUAAUCGA